AUGACGAGCGAAGCGCAACCGGGGAAGCAUAGCAGCAGGGGUAUUACCCUGAUAGACGCCGAGGCAGAGGGACAAUACGACGAGCCGGCAGAAACGACUCCGCUCAUUGGCGCGGGCGCCGCCGAGCAGGAAGGACAAGGAGACGUAGCAGCGAACGAUGGCAAUGGCAAUGGCAAUGGCAAUGGGAAAAGAACACACGCUUGGGAAGGAUCGGAGGGUUUCGAGGACAUCGUAUGGUGGAGGAGACCGUCCGUAUACUGGCUCCUACCGCCAUACUUCCUGUUUACGUUGGCAUUUGGAGGCAUUCUCGUGCCGAAAAUCAACCUGAUCGUUGACCUCGUCUGCCGUCAAUACUUCUCCGAACAACAGGCCCUCGACUCGGCCUUCACUUUCUCGCCGGUAAUCAUCGGCGGCAACAAUCCGCAAUGCAAUGCCUCGGCGUCCGUCCAGAAGAGCGUUGCGACUUUCACAUUGAUCAUAGGCGCCUUGACCGGCGGCUUGAGCGCGAUCACAGCACCGAAGUUGGGCUCGUUAUCCGAUCGCUAUGGCCGCACACGGUUGAUGGUCAUCGCCUCGUGCGGCGGUGUGCUCGCCGAGGUCAUCACCAUCCUGGCAGCCAAGUUCCCGGACAGCGUCGACUUCCACUGGAUAAUCCUCGGGGCUUUCUUCGACGGUGUCACCGGGUCCUUCACGGCAGGCAGUGUGCUGGCCAACGCGUACACGAGCGACUGCACGCCCCCCUCGAAGCGCGGAGUCUUCGUUGGGUACCUGCACGCCUGCCUCUUCACGGGGCUGGCAUUUGGGCCGCUCGUAGCUAGCUACUUUGUCAAGUGGACUGGCUCCCUGUUGGUCAUAUUCUACGUGGUGCUCGGCUGUCACAUAUUCGUCAUCCUGUUCUUCUGGUUCGUUCUGCCGGAGUCGAUGUCGAAGAAGCGCCAGGAGAUUGCGCGCGAGAAGCACCGCGCCGAUAUGCAAGCCGUCGACGGGUCCCUUCCGGAAUCUGUGACUAGAAUCGUGGGACCACGGCUGUCGAGUUUGAUGGUCGACAACCUGGGGACCUGGUUGCCCUUCAUCUUCAGUGCCAACCCUUUCGCACCACUGAAGAUACUAUGGCCACAUGGAGCUCACAACCGCGCUUUACGGCGGAACCUUAUACUCUUCGCUAUUGUCGAUACUAUCAUCAUGGGUACGGCGAUAGGGUCCGGAACCGUUACCGUCCUGUAUUCCGAAUUCAUGUUUGGCUGGGAAACGCCCGAGGCAGCGCGUUUCGUCUCCAUCGUGAGCUUAUCUCGAGUCGUUAUCCUGCUCGGAUUCUUCCCCCUCGUCAACUACAUCUUCCGCAUCCGACCCCUCCGUCGCAAGAGGGAGUUGAGCGGCAGCCUUCACGACGUGGAGACCAAUUCCGGCGCCGACAACCUCGACGUCUGGCUUCUACGCUUCGCCCUCGUCAGCGACCUUGCUGGCAUCAUCGGCUAUAUCUUUGCCCGCAAGGAGGAGCUGUUCGUGGUAUCUGGUAUCAUCACGGCCUUCGGUGGCCUCGCAGGCGCGACGAUCCAGAGUUCGGUUACGAAGCACGUCCCGGCCGAGCGCGUUGGUUCGUUAUUGGGCGCAAUGGGCCUCUUGCACGCGCUCGGCCGCGUCUUUGCGCCGAUUUUGUUCAACGGCAUAUACGCCGCGACCAUCGAGACUUACCCCCAGGCCUUUUUCGUUGUCCUCGCCUCGCUUUUCGGACUUGCGGUGCUUGCGAGCAUCUUUGUCCGACCGCAUUUGUACAUGAAGGAAGAGGGCUAUAUCGCUGUUCCCGUGCGCGAGCCGGGCAACCCCAGCGAUAUAGAUAAUAUGGCUGAUGAAGAGCAGAAGGUCGGGACUCGGUUUAUGACCCUCGGCCCGCACAAAAAUGCAGAUGACAGCUGCUUCGUGAAGAAUCAAACUGUCCCGGCGGCCGGACUCGCGUCCCCGCCGGAGCAACAACACCACGAAAAGCCCUAUGAGUCUCACUCAGGCUCUUCCCCCGAGGGGGACCGUGAAGCACAACGGCAUCAUGCCGUAGGACCACCGCCAGCCUCGGUCGGUGAUGGGAGCGAACCCACUGCUACUGCCGCCGCUGCCGUCGAACCCCAAGAGUUCGCAGAGACCGCCACCGACUUCCCCGAGGGCGGACUGCAGGCCUGGCUCGUCGUGGCUGGGUCGUUCUGCGCCAUGGUAGGAGUGUACGGCAUCAUCAACAGCGCCGCCGUCUUCGAGUCGUACUUCUCGACGCACCAGCUCCAGGGCUACAGCUCGUCGACCAUCGGCUGGGUCUUCAGCACGUACCUGUUCAUCGUCUUCUUUGCCGGCAUCCAGGUCGGGCCCCUCUUCGACCGCCAUGGGCCGCGGCUGCUGGUUGCCGUUGGCAGCUUGCUGGUCGUCGCUAGUCAGCUGCUGCUGGGGUUGUGCAAAG